AUGACUGAGAUGGGUCAAGUACCCGAAUCGGAGGAGGGAAAACACAGGUAUAGGGAAAUAGUAAGAGAAAACAUUCGGACGAAAUUCGAAAGAUUUUGCAAAUGGGCAAAGAAAAACCUGGGUGUAUUAACCGCUAUCGCUAUUUCCAUCGCUGGAAUAAUCACUACGGUCGUAGUGGCCGGAAAGAAGACUACUAUGGGAGCAUUCAACGGACUUGGGGCUGCCGGAAAAGCACUAGCGAAACUUGCAAAGUCUGCACUACCAAUCCUAGUACCUAUCCUAAAUUUGCUGAGUACGAUCCUAAGCUGGGGAGCUAAGGGUCUUGCCUUCCUUGCAAAAAACCUAUGA